AUGGCACUCUUUUCUCAAACGAGUCAGGGUUUUCAGGCUUUGCUGUGGAAAUGUCACAUGUUCUGGCCCAUCUCAAGAUGCCGACAACUGUUUGCUGCCUCUUUCAGCAUCCCUAAUAGGGAAAAAAUUAACUCUUUCAGUUCUGUGACAUCUUCCAGCACUGCUUUACCAGUGGACCCCAAAGAAACUGAUGCCUUACCUGCCAAGAAAAGGUCUGAAAUUGAUUGCAAAGAAGGAAAAGGAUGGGAUGAGGAAACCAAAGAAAUACCUGAAGAGAAAUUCCGCUUUCCUUCCUCUGUUGGAGCUGCAAAGAAAUGGUCAAUGAGUCCUGUUGUGUCAAGGCAUCGGUUUAGCAACGUACAACCUCCAGAAAAACCUUUGCAGGAUGAGGAGUGGAACAAACUAAGGGAAGAUUUCCAAUCCCCUGAAAUAUUUGAAGAGGUGAUGCUGAACAGUAUGAUCAGGUGCAACAGCCCCAUUGAUGUGGCCAAGUCCUUGCUGACGCACCUGGCAAAGCGCAACGGUGACAUUGCCUACAACAUGCUGGUCAAGUACCUGACCCUCUGCGUGCAGCAGGGACAGGUGGCAGAAAUCUGUGAUGUGUACGACAUCAUGAGAGCCAGGUUCAAGAUGUUAGAAAGUGGGGCUUACAGCCUUCUAAUCAGGGGCUUGAGCAAUUCAGAUCAGUGGAGAAUGGCCUUGACUGUUUUGGAAGAAGUAAAAAAGAUUAUGAUUCCCUCACGGACGUGCUAUGAAGCUUGUAUCAAAGCAGCCAGCCGUCACCAAGAGAUGAAACUGGCCUUUGAACUGUACAGUGAGAUGUUGGCUAAAGAUGUGGUCCCAACCUUGCACGUCCUGCAGUCGUUUUUUGACUUCAGCAGGGGUAUGAAAGGUGCUGAGCUACAAAAAGAGCUCUUUGGUGUCCUCUUAUAUUUGAGAGAGAACCAAAUAUACCCUCACAGAACAUUUAUGCAGAGUAUAAAGCUAUGGUUUGAAAGUUUACCAGGAGGGAACUGGAGAGGACGCCUGACCAAAAUUAAAGACAGUGGACAAUGCCCAGUUUGCAACCAUCAGCUGGAGGACAGUAACCUCACUGAAGAGGAAUACAGUCAUCUCAGUGAGAGAAUAAUGAAGGACGUGAUACAUGGAGCUGACACUUUUAGAAAGACAAGUCCACAGGAAUUGGAGGCCUUUCAAACAUUUGUUGAAAAUCGACUUCCGUUUGAUAUUGUUAUUGAUGGACUGAAUGUUUCCCACAUAAAAUCCAGAAAGAUGCAGUGUGAAAAUCUGUUUGAUGCUAUCAACUGCCUGGCAAAGGAGAAUGCCCGGUUGCUUGUGCUGGGCCGCAAACAUAUGCUGACAAACUCUUCAAAUUGGAAAAGAGAAAUUAUGAAGGAGAUGCAGAGUAAGGCAGACUUCUUCUUUGCUGAAAAUAUCUCUGAAGAUGACCCCUUCUUGCUGUAUGCCACUCUCCGCUCGGGCAAGCACUGCCGGUUUGUCAGCAGGGACUUCCUGCGGGACCACAAGGCCUGUCUGUCCGACAGCGUGACACGCCACCUGUUCCGCAAGUGGCAGCGCGGCCACCAGAUUGUGUUCUUCCCUGCUGCAGCAGGAAGGAGCAUCAAUUUCUUGCCAGCUUUGCGUUACGACUGUGUGGUACAGACCACAGGUGAUACAUGGCAUAUUCCCUAUAAAGAUGUUUUUGAGGAAAAAUAUUCAUAUCAAAUACCAAGAAAAUGGCUCUGCAUUCACCAGAAAUGAUGAAGAAUGUAAUUGGAUAAGCUGAAGCGCCCUCUUUUUUUUUUUUUUUUAAUUAAAUCUCUGUUGCUGGCUAGGAGAAUUCAGCAGGACAGUUAUGGGGUGAGGUGUGUUACUAAAGAAAAUUGAGUGACUGCUUUUGACAAAAUCAUUCCUGCAUACAUCUCUUAACACCAACAGUGGUGGUCCAGUGGGGGUGAAUUAUGUCCAUUAUUUUUACAGGCAAUUUUUGAUUUGAAUUAAAACUUGCUUUUUCCUGUUGGAA